GAAGAGAGGGAAAAGAACAUACUUCACUUUUAUCAAAGAUCGGUCGGCCCGUCCGUCUCUCUGUCUCUUUAGUAGUCUAAUGUCUUUUGUAUUAAGCCAAACUAAAGUAAUCAAUCGGUCUUAAACUAACUACUCUACAUACAUUUUUAUUACAGUCAGUGUACUAUGAGUAUUCCAGUUGCUAAAACUAUACUACUUGUAAUUUCAAUUUGCUAGUUCGACUUUAAUCAAUUAAAUCACUUGUUCUAGGGUUUAGCACCAGCAGCAAUAACUCAAGCUCAAAUCGUCAUCAUCUCGGAAAUCCAGCUCUAUCUAUCUACCUGAGAGCAUCGUUUUCGUGUUUGAUGGGAUUAGAAUUGUUGUACUAGAUCCCACCAUUUAUUAAUGUAAUGCUACAAACUGCUCCUUACAAACACAAAACCUUUUCUACCUAGACAAUAUCCAGGCGUCAUUAUGCAUUUCGCGAAGCUCGAUGAUUCUCCUAUGUUUAGGAAACAGAUACAAAGCUUCGAGGAAGGUGCUGAAUCCUUACGGGAUCGAAGUUUAAGGUUUUACAAAGGAUGCCGAAAGUACACGGAAGGGCUUGGGGAAGGAUAUGACGGGGACAUUGCUUUUGCUAGUGCCCUUGAAACUUUUGGUGGUGGGCAUAAUGAUCCUAUUAGUGUUGCUUUUGGAGGUCCUGUUAUGACAAAAUUUACUAUUGCACUAAGGGAAAUCGGAACAUACAAAGAAGUUCUUCGUUCACAGGUUGAGAACUUGCUUAAUGACCGGCUACUGCAAUUCGUCAAUAUAGAUUUGCAUGACGUUAAGGAAGCUCGUAAGCGUUUCGACAAGGCUAGCCUUACUUAUGACCAGGCCCGUGAAAAGUUUUUGUCACUGAGGAAAGGCACAAAGGGCGAUAUAGCUACUAUGUUAGAAGAGGAUCUUCAUAAAGCAAGAUCUUCUUUUGAGCAAGCUCGCUUUAGUCUGGUAACUGCGGUUUCAAAUGUUGAAGCAAAAAAGAGGUUCGAAUUUUUGGAAGCAGUUAGUGGUACGAUGGAUGCUCAUCUCCGCUACUUUAAACAGGGCUAUGAGCUGCUGCAUCAGAUGGAGCCUUACAUCAACCAGGUCCUGACUUAUGCGCAACAGUCUAGAGAAAGAUCAAAUUACGAGCAGGCAGCUCUUAAUGAACGAAUGCAAGAGUACAAACGGCAGAUAGAUAGAGAGAGCAGAUGCUCCUCAAAUGGUUCGAAUAGAUCUCCUAAUGGAGAUGGCAUACAAGCCAUAGGUAGAAGUUCGCAUAAAAUGAUAGAGUCAGUGAUGCAAAAUGCUGCAAAGGGAAAGGUCCAAACUAUUCGACAAGGUUAUUUAUCCAAACGUUCGUCAAAUCUGAGAGGCGAUUGGAAACGAAGGUUUUUUGUUCUUGAUAGCCGAGGGAUGUUGUAUUAUUAUCGUAAACAGAGCAGCAAACCAUCUGGGUCUGGCAGUCAACUUGCUGGUCAAAGAAAUAGUUCUGAACUUGGUUCUGGACUGCUAAGUCGGUGGCUUUCUUCUCAUUAUCAUGGUGGUGCCCAUGAUGAGAAAUCUGUUGCUCAUCAUACUGUCAAUCUGCUGACAUCAACAAUUAAAGUUGAUGCUGACCAGUCAGAUCUGCGAUUUUGCUUCAGGAUUAUUUCACCAACAAAAAAUUAUACAUUGCAGGCUGAAAGUGCCCUGGAUCAAAUGGAUUGGAUUGAGAAGAUAACAGGAGUUAUUGCUUCUUUAUUGAGUUCCCAAUCUCCUGAGAGGUGUAUGCCUGCUAGCCCCAUGGGAAGUAGCCAUCAUCGAUCCAACAGUGACAGCAGUUCAUUUGAAAGCUCAGAUUUUGAUCAUACUACUGUUGAUGAAUACACAAUGGAGAGGCUUACCUCUGCUCAUCAUGAACGACCAUCAAGAAUUUCACAACAUCAACGACCUGGUGUGAAAAAUGAGAAGCCGAUUGACAUGCUGCGAAAAGUAUGUGGAAAUGAUAAAUGUGCCGAUUGCGGGUCCCCUGAACCUGAUUGGGCAUCCUUAAAUCUUGGUGUUCUUGUAUGUAUUGAAUGUUCUGGUGUUCACCGUAACCUUGGUGUGCACAUAUCGAAGGUAAGAUCACUGACUCUUGAUGUGAGAGUAUGGGAGCCUUCUGUUAUCAAUUUGUUUCAGUCUUUGGGCAACACAUUUGCUAAUUCAGUUUGGGAGGAAAUGCUGCAAGCAAAAGGUGUCUUUCAGGUUGAUCUUGCGCCAACCGGCUUGUGCAGGCCUGAGAAAUCGCAGAUAUUUUUUAUCAGCAAGCCUAAUUAUGCUGAUUCCAUUUUAAUAAAGGAGAAGUUCAUUCAUGCAAAGUAUGCAGAAAAGACUUUUGUAAGAAAGCAAAAGGAACAUCAUUUGGUAGAACAGCAGCUCUGGGAGGCUGUUCGUGCAAAUGACAAGAAAGCGGUAUACCGUCUAAUUGUUACUUAUGGAUUGGAUCUGAAUGCCAUCUGUGAGCAGGUUCAUUGUAGCUCUUUGACCCUUGCGAAAGUAAUGUUGUUGCAAGAGCAUACAAACCUUGAUUAUGGCACAAGUUUAUUGCGGGAAUCAUCAGCAAAGUCUUGUCUGAGCACUGGCAUAACAAAUACAAGCGAAGACCAUGUAGUGACGGAUAUAACUAGUUGCUCCUUGCUUCAGUUGGCCUGUGAAACUGCAGAUAUUGGCAUGUUGGAUCUCCUUUUACAGUAUGGUGCAAAUGUGAACGCUCUUGAUUCAAGAGGUCAGCUGCCUUUGCAUCAUUGUAUUCUUAGCGGCAAAGCAGCGUUUGCUAAGCUUCUUCUUACGAGGGGUGCUGAUCCAAGGGGAGUUAAUGGGGAAGGUAAAACCCCUAUUGAGCUUGCAAUAGAGUCAAAAUUUGAGGAUAGUGAGGUUCUUGCUUUAUUACGAGACUCAAAGGGAUAGAGGUCUUCAUAUGGUUAAUGUGGAACCGAAUGGAAGUAUGUAUGUUGGUAUUGUGGAAGUAUAUUAUAAACAUUUUAGAGCUAGUUAAUUGUCACGGUAUGCGAAGUUGGACCACUUCUUCAGAGUGAAGAGGUGUACGGCAUGUGUGUUUGAUUACUGGAGUGUGUCGAGCUAAAUCGUGCAUGAUGUUAGUGGUGAGAGUUAUAGCUAUUUAGUCAAGGGUGCCCACAGUAAAUGCCCAGAAGGGAACUCUGUAAUGUGUCUAUGAUUUUGACGGUGUUUAUUGUUUAAUUUUAGCUGAGAGUGAGGGCGUAUGUAUUUGACUUGUGGCCGCUCUCUUCUCUCAACACUGGUAGGUAGUUGGUGUUGCCUUGGUCGUAGUGUGUUGGGCUUUAGUGAGAUAGAGUGUUGCCUUGGCAUCAUAACUUGUUGGGUUCUGGAGUAGUGAAAUACUAGCCCUUGUCGAGGGUGUUGUGUGUAUAUUGUGUUGUUCUCUGAAACCGGCUACUUGAUCUUUUAGUUAUCA